AUAAAGCUCAACCCUCUCACCAAGAUUAUUGGGCUGUCGUCUGUCCUGGCCGUUGGGUUUCUGCUGGUGGUGCUAGCCGGCGCGCUGUACGGCAAUUGGUUCCCUAUUUUGGACGCUUUCGUGUUUGCCGUGGCACACAUUCCGAUUUUGAUCACAAAGUACUACGCCUCCGAAUUCGACUCGUAUCUGGACGACACCGAAUUGAACGCCACGAACGACGUGGUGGACUUUGGCCGCUUUCUGUCGAGCUUCUUGCUGGUCACCGGGAUAGCGUUCCCGCUGAUUUUGUACCACUGCCACAUCUUGACACAUUUCGCCAUGGAGUUCACCAUCUGCGGCGGCCUGCUGAUCUAUGGCGUUGUGGUGACUUUCACUAGCUACUUCGACGGCGUGGAGACCGACGCUCUUGAGUUUUAGUGUUCUGGCUUCAAAGUUCCCAAAAUGGAAUUUGCCGCUCUCCUUCCCCGUUCGGCAGUGCAUAUAAUAUUUAGAUUGUUACUAUCUUGUCUGGCACCAUGUUCUGUACUUUUGACCACACUCUGUCUGCCGUGGACAAGAAAAGCCUGAGAUCAGCGCUUCCCAACGCGGAGUCUGUUUUCUCCGGCUCCGCAUCCGGCCCUGCCAACGGCCCCCGCUCCGUGCCCUUAAUCAGCAGCAGAUCGUUUGUGGGCAUGAGCUCGCGGUCCAAAAACGGGUGUGUGAGUUGUCGCAAAAAGAAGAAAAAGUGCGACGAGGCGUAUCCAGUGUGUGGCUUGUGUGCCCGCAGAAACACGCCGUGUAUCAGGAGAGACAACAAAAAGGCAAAGACAGCAGAGAAACAGACUAUAAAGAAACCCAAAAGUCCGCCCUUGUUCGACCCCGAUGACCUGCUGGACAACAUGCUCCGCGAUCUCAAGAACAGCCAGGGAGAGACCCUUGCGCUGCUCGACACCAGCGAGGAGGAGUUUGCGCCGAUGGACGAGUCGCAGAUCGUGGAGAACCAGAACCUGCCCGACUCUGAGCUCGUCAAGCUACUGCAUCGGAAAGACACCAGAAAAUUCCUCAAGCCGACGGUUUUCCAGCUGUUCACAAGUAAACUUUCGCCAUCCAUAACUGUGCCCUCCAAUGUUCUGACACAGUCGCUGGACGAAACGGGCCGCUUGUUCCUGGACCACUACAUAUCGUUUAUCACAAAGGAAAUCACCAUCUGCCACUCUCAGGAGUCCAAUUUCUUCUUUAGCUACAUCCUGAAACUCGCGACACAGGACUCGGCGGUGCUCAACGGCAUUGUUGCGUGGGGAGGUAUGUUUCUGCUCGGCUCCCAGAACGAGGAGGCCCGCGAGUACUUUGCCAGAUCGCUGGCCCUCGUGCAGACCCGCAGACGGCAGAUUGCUGCCCAGCCGACACUCAAUGACUUUAUGGCGCUCGCAACGUGUUUCCUGGUGCUUGUCGGCGCCGAGAUCUCAACUGGCGACAUCAAGUUCUGGUACCACAUUUUUCUCCAGCUGCGCGACGCUUUUUCGGAGUACGGCGGGCUGCGCAAGUUCUUUGAGGACACCAAACACGCAAACGAGGGAAAAUGGAUUAUCUCGAAUUACUUUUUCCACGACGUGAAUGCCACCAGAACAGUGUUGUCCGGCACGCAUGAGGAUAUGAAUACGUACAAAGAUAUCUUCCACGGGCACAAAAUCCUAGAGACAGAUGAGUACGGUCUCGACCCGUUCCAGGGCUCUGCGGCCGAGCUGUUCCUCAUCUAUGGGGAGAUCAAUGACAAACGGAAGGAGCUCAAGGAUCUGGAGAUGCGGAUCCGCGUGCUGGAAUCAUCAGGAGAUGAGUCCGCAAUCAAGAAGACUCUUGUACUCAACCGGGAAAGGGACGAUUUCUGUCGGGCUUCAUUUGAAGAGCUCGAGUCCCGCAUUCUAGAGUCCAAGCCCUCGUUCAAACAGCUGGAGGAGAUCAGCGACAACCGCGACCUGCUGACGCUGCAUCUGACGUGGUUCGAGCUGCACCAGAUUACAAUGCGCCUGUAUCUGCGCAUGGUGGUCAAAAAAACCGACUUCCGCGACCACGAGAUGGUGGCUCUGCGCGAGCACGCGGGCAAGCUGCUGGAUAUUGUGAUCGGCACGCGUAUGCAGUCGAUUUUGUGUCUCACGCUCAUGAUUGCCGGCGUGGUGCACUGCGACGAAGCCUCCCGCGCAGACAUAACGGCCAAGUACGAGCGACUCGUGCGCUCGUUCGAGGUGAAGAACGUCCAGAACUGCUGGCUCGUGGUGCAGAGGUGUUGGGAAAUCGAGGACGAGCUGCUGCAGCGCGGCGAGCCCUGCUACGUAGACUGGUGCGACGUGGUCGAGGACUUUGGGUGGGAGUUCUGUCUGUGCUGACUGCGCAGUAUUAUGUAGCACUAUUUAAUUUAUUCCUCCUCGGCGUGGACGUUGCGGGCCUCCUGCAUCAGUUCGUACAGUUGCACCACCUGCUCGUCGCUCAUCUUGCUGAGGGCCUCGGAGGUGAGCUUGUACUUGCGCCAGUCGUCUUCUGUGUUCUUUGUGACGGCCUGGAGAUAGUCCUGCCAUGCCGUGAGAAAGCCCACGAUCUGCAGCGGGUCCUCCACGUUGGCGUGUGCUCUGAACUCGGCCCGGACAUAGUUGUCGCCCAGGUGUCGUGCGUCCGGCGGCAGUUUGCGGUGUGAGCGCAAAAUCGCCCGGUACAGAGUUAGCGGCGGCAGCAAGGGCCGUGUAUCUCUGGCGGGUCUGCGGGGACGGACCAGGCGGCGAAUUGUGGGUCUCA